AUGGCAAAAAACUCCACCGCUGUCGUUAACCAUGACCACAGGAGCCUAUCGGAGACCUCGUCUAGAUGCUUCACGGAGAGCUUAACCGCCACCCACAAUUUCGAGGUAGCCUGUUACCCGCUGCUCGCCGGCAUGGGCGUUGGCAAAUACAUCAGCUCAUGCAUCUUCAGCGUUGGUGGCUACGAUUGGACUAUCAGGUUCUACCCAGAUGGCAAUAAUGCCGAGUGUGCCGGUAAUGCUUCAGCCUUUUUGUAUUGUUCCAGCCAACCGGAAGGCGUCAGGACCAAGUUCACCUUGAACAUGUUGGAAAAGGAGGGCAAAGUCCUAGUAACAAGCUUCGGGUCGUUGGAGCAUACCUUCUCUUCGUCAAUUGAUGAUUUUGGCUUUUCUAAAUUCGUCGAGAAAUCGAGGCUGCUGAAAUCAUCGUCGGAUGCCACAAGUGGUUACUUCACUAUACGGUGUGUUCUUACCGUGAUAAAAGAACCGCGAACGGAAAUCAGGAGGAACCUUUUCGUGGUUCCGCGGCCAAAUCUGCAAGACCAUCUCCAGCAGAUGUGGAAGGAUGGACAUGGAGCAGAUGUCACAUUCAGUGUAUCUGGCCAGUUGUUCAGCGCCCACAGAUACUUGUUAGCUGCACGGUCCCCGGUCUUCAAGGCGGAGCUCUUUGGUCCAACGAAGGAGAAGGCAACAGACAGCAUCACGAUUGAUGACAUCGAGCCAUCAAUCUUCGAGGCGCUUCUUCACUUUAUAUACACGGAUUCUAUACUAGAUGAUUGGGAUAGCAAAGAAGAUCGAUACGGGUUGGAGAGGCUAAGAGUUAUGUGUGAAGGCAGGCUGCGUCACAGCAUCGACCUGGAAACUGUCGCAACGACAUUGGUUCUGGCGGAGCAGCACCACUGUAGGGAUCUCAAAGAAGCAUGCAUUGGAUUCAUGACCUCACAAAACAGGCUAGGAGAUAUCAUGGCAACGGAUGGAUUCAAGCAUCUGAUGGCAAGCAGCCCUUUGAUCAUGAAGGAUAUUUUAGAUAAGGUGUCCUGUGUCUUGAGUGGCUAA